CACCUCUUGACAUGAACUCGUUGCGAUGCAUCAGAAAGAACGUACCGCCAACAUCAUACGUGACUCUCUCGUCCGCGAAGGGUUUGGAGCCCCAGAUUGGGCCAGUCUAGAGCGACACGAUGAGGCGGGCAAAUGCAGUCAUGUCCAACUGCCAGCGAUGUCGUCGCUUUUCUUAUCCGCCUACCAAGACCCUCUCCUUCACACGACAAAAUUCGAGAUAUGCCGCACAGAACAUCAUUCCAACGCAGCAAGAGGUUUCGCCAAAUCGAACCUCGCAGCUUUCCACAUCCUCGCGGGAGAGAAACCCUGAGUCACCAGGCUCCUCCGCCUCCCACGACUUCGGCAUCGUAGUGAGGUCCUCGUCACCGGAUUCACCCUACGAUUGUCUGAAAAGGGGAAAGAAGGAGAUACGGCUGGUCACCUUUUCGUCACUCGCCAAAUCCAACCCAAUUGAUCUUCAUAUCACCACUGUCGAUCUCGACACAUUCCGCGGAAAAUACCAGGCACUGUCCUACGUCUGGGGGGAUCCGUCAAUCACCAAGUCCAUAAUAUUUGGCGGCGUCCCCAAACAUGUUACAGCAAAUCUUCAUGAUGCGCUUUGUCAGAUUCGGGAAAUGUGGCGAGCGAGUGGAAAGUCUGCGGGUGUCGACCAUCUCUGGAUUGACGCAAUAUGCAUCAACCAAGACGACGUCCUCGAAAAGAACCACCAAGUCGGGAUAAUGAGCGACAUCUACGCCCGUGCCAGCGAAGUCAUCAUGUGGCUGGGCCCCGAGGAUGGAGAUAGCCAUAGUGCGAUCAAGUUCAUCAAGAUGUGGGCUACCUUGCUGAAGGAAAAUCGGGACUUUCGCGAGGUCAUCAAAACAUCCCUCCAGACUGGGAAAAUGAGUCGGCAGCAACAACAGCAAGUCGAGGAAUCCAUCAUGCAAGAUGCGGAAAGCAAUGGUCGUGGACAGUAUUUCGAUGAGAAAGCCCUACGGGCUGCCGCUGCGUUGUAUAAUCGACCAUACUGGCAUCGAAUCUGGAUUAUCCAGGAACACGCCCUCGCCCGCCAACGGCUCAUCGUCUGUGGCAAUGACACUAUUGCUGCAUACGACAUGCUUGCUGCCAUAUUGGCUCUCAAUGCUAUCGAGACGGGGGGGGGACUCACCGACUUCGAACGCCCUUGGGUGGGGUCGUUCCUCUCCGAAUCCUUCAUCUUCUUCAACAUGGCAAUGAUACGGGGAGGUCUACUUCGCAAAAGAGAUGAGAGCAGCGACUACGAGCUCGGGAUGCUUUACAUCAUGCUCCGUAACCGUGGACCCGUCCAAGAGAACAUAGACAUGCCGAGGUUGCUCAAGGCCACAUCGGCCUGCCUAGCCACCGACCCUCGAGAUAGAAUCUUUGGAUUGUUGGGAUUAAUCGACAAAGAAACUUGGCCUGUUCAGCCUGACUACGGCUCUGACGUGUCUUCCCUCUACAUGUCAUACACGAUCGCCGAGUUUCGUCAAUCUAAAUCCCUCGAACUUCUCGCCAACGCUGGAAUUGGUUGGAUCACAGCAGCUGAUCGAUUACACGCCACUGGUCUCCCUUCCUGGGUACCAGAUUAUUCCUUCCACUGGAACAUUGGCGCCAGUUACAACUCAUAUCAAGCAUGUGGCCAUAGGGAGCUUUGCACUCUCCCAGAGGACAUGGCUACAGAUGAUCUGGCUUUAGAAGGAACUUGGUGCGAUGAGAUCAAGUCCGUCAAGACUUUCUCGGCCAAGGAUACGUGGCAUGUAAUCUGGGAAUGCGUCGAGUUCUUGUUCUCCGAAGGCCAGGCCCUGUCAAAGGUCAACCCAGUCGGCGUGCCCUGGAGUGAAGUUCUCUUUCGAAGCAUUAUUCGAGACUCGGCAAGGACAGACACCGGGCAGUACUCCACCUUCGCUCAGAUGAAAGACGGCCGGACAAAGUUUUCAAAGGCACUGGUUUUCUUCGACUACCUGAUCGAACUUGCCAUGGCCGAGGGACUAGACCUGCGACAGCUCUGCUUGCUCUUUCUUUCGCCACGAAGCAUUUACGCGCUGGCUCAAGACGGCCACGACCUUUCCGAUAAGCAGGAGCUCAAACACAGGUUUCUUGUUCUCCACCUGUGGGACGUCUUUCCGGAUUCUUGUAGGUCUGAGCUGAUGGAAAAAAUAUUCAAUGCUAGCAAGAAGGCCGACGGAGCAAGCUACGGAGAGGGGAUGGUCGAACUUGAUUCCGAACUCCGACGUUGCCUACGUCACGGUUUCUUUUUGAGCAACACUGGCUACAUGGGCUUCUGCCCCCCUGGAGCAAGACCGGGGGAUAGGUUGUGCGUGGUCUCUGGAUGUAGGAUGCCCUUGGUUCUGCGGCAGUCAGGCGUGAUGGACAAGUUCGAGCUAGUGGGGCACGCCUAUGUCUAUGGCAUGAUGCAGGGAGAGAUGGUCCCUGACAAACUGGCUGGAAACACUGACAAAAUCCAUUUAGUGUAACUAUCCCUAUAAUCCUCAGUAGCAAGAAUGGUCUACAUGGCCGAACUCGAUUUCAUAGGAAAAGAAAACGAAGAGGCAAAGUAUAAGUCUCCUAACUGAACAAGCAACGAGCGUACCGCAUAUCACGACACCUUGAGGGACAAAUGUGGCGGUAAAUUUUUGGUGGGAUGGAUGGUGGGGGUGGCUUAGAUGUGAGUGGGUACAGGAACAAAUGUCAGAACAAGCCACCUUUUUGCCCCUUUUUACCCUUAU